AUGGAGCGGCUAGUCAAAAUGAUACUGGUCCUUACCCUCAUUUGUCUCCUCCUAUCAUCAGUAGGGGCACCAGGAGGCGGUGGCGAAGGAGGAGGAGGCGGGGAAGGAGGAGGAGGACGAGGUGGGGAAGGAGGCGAAGGAGGAGGAGGUGGCAGUGGUGGGGGAAGCCGGGGUGGUGGUGGUGGUGCAGAAGGUCCUGGGACAAACUUUAGAGGAACACCUGGAACAGCGGCUGGUGGUGAUAGCAGCGGCUGCUCAUCCACUCUGGCUCUUGUUGCAUGGCCCUAUCUGGCGUUAUCUGCCAUUGCUCAAGUUUCAUAUCUGCAUCUACUCUGA